CCCCUGCUCUCCACUCCCAUCCCAGGUUCCCAUUGACAGGAAAGCUAGACCGUAUCGCUCCCAAGGUAUCCAUCCCACCUUUGCCAACGUCUUUUUAUUUGAUUCCGUCUGUACCUUUCUACCUUCUCAACUCUGUUAUUUCCUCUACAAUUGCUCUUCUUCUAUUCCAUUAUACCCCCCAACAAGAGUUGACUUCAAGACAAACACACAAACAACAUCACAAACAAACCCCACUUAGACCUUUGAGACGCUACAUCUAAAACAUACAACUCCAUCACAAACAUGUCUAACUCACUCGACCAGCUCAAGUCCUCAGGGACCACUGUUGUGUGUGACUCUGGUGACUUUGCUACCAUUGGCAAGUACAAGCCUCAAGAUGCUACCACCAACCCGUCCCUGAUCCUGGCUGCCUCCAAGAAGGCCGAGUACGCCAAGCUCAUCGACGACGCCAUUGCCUACGCCAAGAAGCAGGGCGGCUCGGUCGACGAUCAGGUCGAUGCUUCGCUGGACCGUCUCCUGGUCGAGUUCGGCAAGGAGAUCCUCAAGAUCAUCCCCGGCAAGGUCUCGACCGAGGUUGACGCCCGCUUCUCCUUCGACACCAAGGCCUCGGUCGACAAGGCCCUGCACAUCAUCAAGCUCUACGAGGCUGAAGGGAUCUCCAAGGACCGCGUCCUCAUCAAGAUCGCCUCCACCUGGGAGGGCAUCAAGGCCGCUGAGAUCCUGCAGCGCGACCACGGCAUCAACUGCAACCUGACCCUUAUGUUCAGCUUGGUCCAGGCCAUCGCCGCCGCCGAGGCGGACGCCUUCCUCAUCAGCCCCUUUGUCGGCCGUAUCCUGGACUGGUACAAGGCCGCCCACAAGAAGGAGUACAAGAAGGAGGAGGACCCCGGUGUCGAGUCGGUCAAGAACAUCUUCAACUACUACAAGAAGUUUGGCUACAAGACCAUCGUCAUGGGUGCCUCUUUCCGCAACACUGGUGAGAUCACGGAGCUUGCUGGCUGCGACUACUUGACCAUCUCGCCCAACCUCCUUGAGGAGCUCCUCAACUCGUCCGAGGCCGUCCCGAAGAAGCUGGACGCUCAGGGUGCCGCCGCUCUCGACAUCCAGAAGAAGACUUACAUCAGCGACGAGCCCCUUUUCCGCUUUGACUUCAACGAGGACCAGAUGGCUGUCGAGAAGCUGCGUGAGGGUAUUAGCAAGUUCGCCGCCGAUGCCGACACACUCAAGGGCAUUCUCAAGGAAAAGAUCCAGGCAUAGGUGUAUGGAGAUAAUGGGAAAGGAAAAAGAAGUGAGCUUGUGGAGGAUGAAUGAAUCAUGAGAUACCUAAGCACUGCGGGAUAAAAGUGUGUAAUCUUUGGGGGAAGCUGCGUAUAAUAGAGGUGCCAGAUUGUCUCAGUGUACACACGACUUUUUUA